AUGCAUCGAGCUGCCUUGGUCAUGGUGGUAGGCUGGUCGUCUCAACUCAUAAGGGCCCAGACUAAUGUGACAUCGAACGUUUACUCGGCAGGCGGCCUGACGGUGCUCACGUAUAAUGACUUGAGCAACGACCCGAAGAACGGCUCUGCUGCCGUCCUCGUCCAUGCCCUGGCCGACUUUCUCGGUGCCGAGGAAUCGUGCCACAAGCUAGGCGAGACGCUAUGGAGCCCCGACACAGCCAGCUUCACAGAUGGCCUCAACAGCUCGCUGUCUUACCAGAUCUGGCAGGAAAACUUUCCAGAGACGCAGCUGUUCUGGGUGUCCAAGGCUUCGUCUGGCGACUGCCGGGCUAUCGACUACCGCGGAGAGCUGACGGAAGUCGACUGCGCGGGCCAGGGGAGCAGCAAGCUCCCGGCGCUGUGCACGCAGUCAGCGCCCGUGAUGACCACCGACACCAACAACGAUCGCACCGACUUCGUCGUCAACCAGCGCGCCGGCGACCUAGUCUACCAGGGCUUCCGCGACUUCUUCGUGUGGAAGUUCAGGGGCAUCCGGUUCGCUGCCAAACCUGAACGCUUUGAAUAUGCUCGGCCGUACGAGCCAACGCCAGAGGAGCGCACUGCCCCCAUCCCAGCCCUGUUUGCCUUGCCAGAGUGCUUACAAGUACCCGGAGAAGUCCGUAACGGAAGCAGUGAGGACUGCCUCGGUAUCAACAUCUGGACACCCUACCUGCCACCAACUGGAUCACCCUCAUGCAAGGGGUCAUCGACAACGCCGGUGCCCAAGCGUCUCAAGCCCGUCAUGUUUUAUAUCUACGGCGGCGCCCUCAGGAUCGGCUCGGGGAGGAACGUCUACACGGACGGGACCAUGCUCGCAUCGCGCGGCGACGUCGUCGUCGUCACGGUCAACUACCGCGUCGGCUCGCUCGGGUGGAUGGUGCUCGGCGACGGGGUCCACAACGGCAACUACGGCCUCUCGGACGUGAUCACAGGCCUCGAGUGGGUCAAGGAGAACAUUGCCAGCUUCGGCGGCGACCCGGACCGCAUCACCAUCUUUGGCUACUCGGCCGGCGCCUGGCUGACACGCGCCGUCAUGGCGAGCCCCAAGGCCAAAGGCCUCUUCUACGCCGCCAUCGCCCAGUCCGGCACGGCCGGCAUGUACAUGGCCGAGGAGCCCAGGCAGGAGGCACCCCUGACCAACGAGGCGGGCUUUGCUUACAAGUACGAUUCCAUAGAGUGGGCCUGGGAGAACUUGGGCAAGAGAGUUGUGUCCCAGGUGGGCUGCGCCACCGACGAGACAGCCAUCGGGUGCCUGCGCGCCGUCGACGGCACGGCUUUCCUCAAUACCUCGAUUUACGCCAUCGGAAUCACAGUCGACGGCGAAUACCUGGACUCGGACAGGCUGACAGUCAACAGCAGCAACAGCUACGCUUCUGACGUAGCCUUCAUGACGGGCAUGGACCGCGACGAGGCCGGCAACAGCAUCACGAGCAUCCCCGCGGGCAUACCCCUUGCCGACAUAAUACCAAGCCUAAUCCCCGUCGUCCACCGCGAAGCCAUGAUAGCAGCCGUCAGAAGCCCGGCCUUUGGCAUCCCGUCGGACCCGACCCCGGAAGAGGCGCUGGACGGCGCCAUCCGCGUCGUCACCGACGCCUUCUUCACGUGCACAGAGCAGGCCACCGUCUACAGCGCGGCGCGCCACUCGGCCUUCGAGUCGCUCUGGGCCUACCGCUUCAACCGCACCUACAACUUCCCCGGCUACACCAAGCCGCACUGCGACACGACGGACCCGGAGCAGCUCGAGUACAAAAAGUGCCACGGGGGAGACCACCUCCUGCUGUUUGGCACCAUGCGCCGCGGCGGGCUCCCCGACCGCGACGGCCUCGACCUGCCCUUUUCGCGCGUCGCCAUGGACCACUGGGCCGCCUUUGGCACCAACCGCGACCCGAACCCGGACCCGGCCUACCUCGCCGCCAGGGGCUACUGGGACACGCUCGAGACGCUGCAGAGGCUGGGCCCCUGGGAGAGGGCCGACGGCUCGACCAGCACCCCGAUCCGGCUGUUGCAGGUCCAGGCGAGGAUGGAUGCCUACUCCGAGAUCGAGCAGUGCGAGGUUCUGGGGCAGCCGCUGGACUAUUUUGAGCCCGGCUCUUCCGCAAAGAACUAA